CUCAGUCCUGGCGACUGGAGGAAGAUAGUUGGAAGCACGCCAGACUCAAGACAUGAGAGACCUGGAAUGUGGUCACAUGACAACAGAAGCCCGCUUUGAGGGGACCAAUUCAAGCGAUCACCCAGGAGGAGCCUCCCUCUUUCUCACCCCCACCCUUGAUCCGUCACAGACUUCGGGAGCACGGAGGCUCCAGGGAUUCCCGGAGCCAGCCACCAAGCCCGGCCCUUUUGGAAAGCUUGGGAAGCCCCUGGCAGGAUGCUGAGAGGAGGGAGCCUUGAGUGGGAGCGGUGGAGCAAGGGCAAGGUGGCGCAAGAGGACCCCAAAGGCUCUGCCCAUUGUCCAGCCCCAAACACUGGUGUGUUACUGAGAGCCAUCAUUUCUCUCAGCCCGUCCUGCAAAGACAACACCAAGUGCUGGCUCCUCUCCAAAAAGAGGACUGUGUGCCGAGCCUGAGCGUCUACAAGUGGACAGCUCUGGGGUGGUCCCGCUAAGGAUGUCAUGAAAAAGCUCACUGGUUUGGCUACACUGCCUGGCCGGGAAGUCCCAGGAGGCCUCUGGUCUCUGUCUUUGCCGUGUUGCCUUGGGAUUACAGGUUUUCUACUUAUAAUAGACAAUGACUACUGAUGAAGGUGCCAGUAACAAUGGAGAAAACCCAGCUGCCACCGUGGCUGAACAGGGAGAAGAUAUUACUACCAAAAAAGACAGAGGAGUGCUAAAGAUUGUCAAGAGAGUGGGGACUAGUGAGGAAACCCCAAUGAUUGGUGACAAAGUUUAUGUCCACUACAAAGGAAAAUUGUCAAACGGGAAGAAGUUUGAUUCCAGUCAUGAUAGAAACGAGCCGUUUGUCUUUAGCCUUGGCAAAGGCCAGGUUAUCAAAGCCUGGGACGUUGGGGUGUCCACCAUGAAGAAAGGAGAGAUCUGCCAUUUACUGUGUAAACCAGAGUACGCUUACGGCUCCACUGGCAGCCUCCCGAAAAUCCCUGCGAACGCAACUCUGUUUUUUGAGAUUGAACUCCUUGAUUUCAAAGGAGAGGAUCUAUUUGAAGAUUCGGGCAUUAUUCGUAGAAUCAAGCGGAAAGGCGAGGGAUACUCAAACCCAAACGAAGGAGCCACGGUAGAAGUCCACCUGGAAGGCUGCUGUGCAGGAAGACUGUUCGACUCCCGAGACGUGGUGUUCGUUGUUGGUGAGGGAGAGGACCACGACAUCCCCAUUGGGAUUGACAAAGCCCUGGAGAAGAUGCAGAGGGAAGAGCAGUGCAUUUUGUACCUUGGGCCACGGUAUGGUUUUGGAGAAGCGGGGAAGCCGAAAUUUGGCAUUGAACCCAAUGCUGAGCUUAUGUAUGAAGUUACGCUUAAGAGCUUCGAAAAGGCCAAAGAGUCCUGGGAGAUGGACACCAAAGAAAAACUGGAGCAGGCUGCCAUUGUCAAAGAAAAGGGGACUGUGUACUUCAAGGGAGGCAAGUACAUGCAGGCUGUGAUUCAGUAUGGCAAGAUUGUGUCCUGGCUGGAGAUGGAGUACGGCCUAUCAGAGAAGGAGUCAAAGGCUUCACAAUCCUUCCUGCUCGCAGCCUUCCUAAACCUGGCCAUGUGCUACCUGAAGCUCAGAGAGUACACCAAAGCUGUGGAGUGCUGCGACAAGGCCCUGGGGCUGGACAGCGCCAACGAGAAAGGCUUGUACAGGAGGGGCGAGGCCCAGCUGCUCAUGAAUGAGUUCGAGUCGGCCAGAGGCGACUUUGAGAAAGUGCUGCAAGUAAAUCCCCAGAACAAGGCCGCGAGACUGCAGAUCUCCAUGUGCCAGAAGAAGGCAAAGGAGCACAACCAGCGGGACCGCAGGGUGUACGCCAACAUGUUCACCAAGUUUGCCGAGCAAGACGCAAAGGAAGCAGCCAGCAAAGCAAUGAGCAAGAAGGCUGUAGAAGGAGCAGCUGGCAAAAGAUCCGAGAGUCAGGCUGCGGAAGAAGGAAAAGCUGAAGGCCACGUAUGACGCCGCGCCAAGGAGGGAAGAGAGUCCUGAUGAACUCGGCCCUCCUCACUGGGCUCGCCCCCAACUCAGGACUGAACAGUGUUUAGUGUAAGGUUUGUUACCGUCUCUGUGAUUCUGGAAGCAGAUGGCAAAACCAGUAGCUUUCCAAAUAACCACCUGCUGCUGCCUGGGGUUUGGGGAGGGGGGACAAGCCAGGGAGGCAUAACCACGGGGGCUGUUGGUGUGGAGAGACCAAGCCAGCAGCCUGAGUCCAGCGCAUUUCAGCUUGUCGCCUUUCAGUGCCCAGCUCAGAGUCCCUAAGUGACCCUGUGGCCUGCUGCUGUGGGACUCUACGUCUGAACUUCAGUCCACAGCAGACACCUUUGAUAAACAAGCUCGGUGGAUCUCUACUUUCCUAUUGGCAGGCAGGGCAGGCGUGCACCAUGACGGUGAGAUUUGUUUGGAGCCCACAGCGAGGGGUCCCCAGGUCCACGGCCUGCCUUCCCAGCUCCCCUCUCAGACUCUGUGUGUUGUGGCUUUCUGUCAUCCCCAGCUUGUCCCAGGGAGGCUGUCUCUCUGCCAGCACCCUUCAUCAGUGAGGAGC